CACUUCCCACAACAAAUCAUUGUCCUCACUAUACAUCACCACACUAACCUAAUUUUCAUUUCCUCUCUUGCAUAAUCUCUAGGAGUUCAUCAACAAUGGCAUCAUCAAGUUCAAAGAAGAAUGGUGGAUCGGUUGUGUUUGAGGACUUCUUCCCUUCAAUGAUGGAGAAGCUAGGGAGUGAAGGGUUUAUGAAAGAGUUGGCAAAUGGGUUCAAUGUGUUGAUGGAUAGAGAGAAGAAAGUGAUAACAUUUGAGAGCUUGAAGAAGAAUUCGGCAUUGCUUGGGCUCGAAGGUAUGAGUGAUGAUGAGAUUGCUUGCAUGUUAAGAGAAGGUGAUAUGGAUGGAGAUGGAGCUCUUAGUGAAAUGGAGUUUUGCACUCUCAUGUUUAGGUUGAGUCCUUCUUUGAUGAAUGACACUAAGCAACUUUUGGGGGAAGUCAUUUUUAAUGGAAAUUAAUCUCUUUUUUUGCUUUUAAGGAUGUUUUGGUUUUGGGUUUGUAUGUGUAUUUUUCUUUUUUCUAGUUUGUUUGUUGAAAAUGUUCCCUAAUAUUUAAUUAAGGUUUUAUUUUAAUUGAUUAUUAUGUAUUAAAGUUUUAAUUUUGAUCCCUAAUGUUACAAGUGUUACAUCGGGUUAGU